ACCAGCAAUAAUAGGAAAAUAUCCUUCAUUUCUUCAUCAUCACAGACUUGGCAGCGGAGGUGGAAGCUCUGCUACCUGCAAUUCUAGCUACAUGCCUUUUGGCGUCCCACGAUGAACCAGUACUACCGGCACCUCCUUUCGGGGGUCCUCCUCAGCCUCUUCCUCGUCGCAGGCUUCACCGACGGUGAAUCUAGGAUUCGGCUGCCGGCGCCCUCUAACCGCGGUAGCAUGUGUGAUGAGCUCAUCCGACCGGCCGGGUACCCAUGCAUCGAACACACAGCCCAAACUACGGAUGGGUACUUGUUGGCUCUCCAAAGGGUUUCCUCCAGACAUGGAAACAUCACCUCAAACGUCGGGCAGGCUCCUCCCGUACUGCUUCUACACGGCGUCUUUAUGGGCGGCGACUGCUGGUUUCUGAAUUCUCCGGAGCAGUCUCUAGGCUUCAUCCUUGCCGACCAGGGCUUUGAUGUCUGGGUCGGCAACGUGCGGGGCACAUACUGGAGCCGUGGCCACAUAUAUCUCUCAGAGGAUGACAGCAAAUAUUGGGACUGGAGUUGGCAGGAGUUGGCGAUGAAUGACCUGACGGAGAUGCUACACUUCAUACACGCCGAAACAAGCUCCAAACCUUUCAUUGUUGGUCAUUCUCAGGGGACAAUCAUGACGCUGGCUGGUCUGACUCAGCCGCAGAUCGUGCAAAUGGUGGAAGCUGCCGCCCUCCUCUGCCCAAUCUCUUAUUUGGAUCACGUUUCUGCCACUAUUCCCCGUCAAUUGGUCACUUUCCACGUCGAUAAGCUAAUUGUUGCCGCGGGCAUACACGAGUUGAAUUUAAGAGGCAAGUGGUCUAACAAGCUGUUGGGUUUCUUGUGUGAUCAAUACAAACAUUGCGACAACAUUCUCAACAUCCUCACAGGGUACAAUUGCUGCUUCAACAAUUCACGCUUGGACUUCUACCUUGAAUACGAACCAAACCCAACAUCUGCCAAGAACCUCGCCCAUCUUUUCCAGAUGAUUCGGAAGGGCACUUUUGCUCGGUACGAUUACGGGAUAUUCAAAAACUACAAGCUUUACGGGCAGACUACUCCGCCGGUAUUCGAUCUAGGGCGCAUACCGGAUUCCUUCCCGCUGUGGAUGGGGUACGGUGGUCAGGAUGGUCUGGCCGACCCGGCCGACUUCAACCACACGCUCAGGGAGCUGCGCGACCAGGCCAAGUUACACUACGUCGACCGCUACGGCCAUGCCGACUUCCUCUACGGCACUCGAGCCAAACAAGAUGUCUACGACGACUUGAUUGGCUUUUUCAGGUCUGUAAUGGCCCGACACUCUGCCACUGCUUAGCCCUACUCAUGAUCAUUCCCAAGAAACGAACUGGCCUCGCGGCGGGCCUAUCAAGCUCACAACUUAAUUUGGUUGUAUCAACAUGGGCACAAAAUGUAAAUAGAAAAUAUGCAUCAAUAAGGAAGCAAGCUCUAGCUUGUUUCGGGUCACACAACACCACCAUGUUUGUGGAAUUGUGGCCCAAAUGUCAGUAUGUACGGAAACCAGUGCCCAUUAAAAAAAAAAUGUGCCGAAGUUUCUGCUUGUACGUUAAUUAAACUUGUCACUUCCUAUCAACUUGAUACUCAAAACUGAUAAAGUCGCAAUUUAAGG